AAAAAAACAAUGAGUUCGGUCAAAGAAAAAUCAAAAGUUCAACAAGUACAAGAUGUUGUUGUUGUUGAUAAAAACGCUGAAGAAAAUGAAGGCGAAUUUGAAACCAGUUUUAUGCAUAUACAAAAAUUAGAAGGUUGUGGUAUACAAGCACAGGAUAUUAAAAAAUUGCAAGAAAAUGGUUACCAUACAAUUGAAGCGAUUGCCUAUACUCCACGUAAAGCGUUGGAAAAAAUCAAAGGAAUUAGUGAGCAAAAAGCCGAAAAAAUUCUUAGUGCUGCUAUAAAAAUGGUACCUAUGGGCUUUUCUACGGCAACCGAAUAUCAUAUGAAACGUUCGGAACUCGUCAUGAUAACUACUGGUUCUAAAGAAUUAGAUGCCCUGCUUAAAGGCGGUAUUGAAACGGGCUCGAUUACCGAGUUAUUUGGUGAAUUCCGUACUGGAAAAUCUCAGAUUUGUCAUAUGCUUGCCGUAACAUGCCAAUUACCGAUUGACAUGGGCGGUGCCGAAGGAAAAUGUCUAUUCAUCGAUACAGAAGGAACAUUUCGGCCAGAACGUUUUCUUGCCAUUGCAAAACGGUAUAAGAUGGAUGAGAACAAUUGCUUGGAGGGUAUUGCAUAUGCAAGAGCAUAUAACAGUGAUCAUCAGACACAAUUAUUAAUUGAUGCCGCAUCAAUGAUGUCAAAUUCUCGUUAUGCAUUAAUGAUUGUUGAUUCGGCUACAGCUUUAUAUCGUACAGAUUAUAAUGGCCGUUCAGAAUUAGCUGCUCGUCAAAUGCAUCUAGCAAGAUUUUUGCGUAUGCUACAAAGAUUAGCCGAUGAAUUUGGUAUUGCUGUGGUUAUUACCAAUCAAGUUGUUGCAAAUGUCGAUGCAAGUGCUAUGUUUAGUUCGGAUAAUAAAAAACCGAUUGGUGGCCAUAUAGUGGCACAUGCAUCAACAACACGUUUAUAUCUAAAAAAAGGAAAAGGCGAUAAUCGUGUUUGCCGUAUUUACGACUCACCAAAUUUACCUGAAGGUGAUGCUACAUUUUCAAUCCAUAAUGAUGGUAUCAGUGAUCCUAAUGAUAAUGAUUAAGAAUUCUUAACGAUUGUAAUAUUUAAUGAUAACCUGUUUUUUGGAUAUAUCAUCAUACUACACACACACACAUUUGACCGUAGAAUGUUAAUAUUUUUUCAAAUUAGAAAUAAUUGAAAAGAAUUUUGUCACGUACUUUAUGAAGCAUACAUUACACUAUUACAAUGAAAUGUUUUUUUUAAAAAUGUA